AUGUGGUCCGCCAUCUCUCUUUGCCUUGUCUCCUUGACAGCAGUUGCGCUGGCUAUCGCCAAUAAUGGAAAUACGCCGCUCUAUAAGGAUCCAUCGGCUGCAGUUGAGGAUAGAGUGGGCGAUUUACUGUCGCGGAUGACAAUUGAGGACAAGACAGCGCAAUUAGUCCAGGGGGACUUGAGAAAUUGGAUCAACACCGGAGAUGGUAGUGUAAACCAAACCGGUCUUGAAUGGAGUAUGAAAGCGAGAUCUGGAUCAUUCUACGUUGGUAUCGCCAUAGCUUGGAAAAUGCUCAGUGAUGGCAUUAGGACCGGCCAGGACUAUCUCGUGCAUAAUACGACUCUCGGUAUUCCUGCGUGGGUUCAAUCCGAAGGCAUUCAUGGCUUCUUGAUCCCGGAUGCUACUAUAUUCAAUUCACCCAUCGCCCACGCAUGUUCCUUCAACCCAUCUCUAGUUGAGAAGAUGGCAAGGGCUAUUGCUCAAGAAGCUCGCGCCUUGGGGGUUAAUCAAAUAUUUGGGCCUCUUGCUGACUUAGCUCGUGAGCUACGGUUUGGCCGUGUGGAGGAGACAUUCGGAGAGGAUGGUUAUUUAACUGGUGAACUCGCUUAUGCCUACGUAAAGGGUCUUCAGUCCGGUAACGUCUCAGCUAUGGUUAAGCAUUUCGCGGCGUUCGCAACACCAGAGCAAGGUAUUAACUGUGCUCCCGUGCAUGGGGGCGAAAGAGAGCUACGCACCACAUACCUCCCCCCUUUCAAGCGAUCGAUCAUCGACGCUGGUGCUUUGUCCGUUAUGUCAGCUUACCACAGCUAUGAUGGAAUCCCGGCUGUUGCCGAUAGAUAUGCCCUUACCGAUAUCUUAAGGGGUGAAUGGGGUUACAAGUAUUUCGUUAUGAGCGAUGCAGGGGCCACGGACCGCCUUUGUAAAGAUUUCAAGAUGUGUAAAUCCGAUCCUAUUGACUCUGAAGCUAUAGUCAACUAUGCACUUCCUGCGGGUAAUGAUGUUGAAAUGGGCGGCGGAUCCUUCAACUUCGAGAAAAUCCCUGAAAUGGUCAAGUCAGGAAAGCUGUCCACCGAAGUAGUAGACGAGGCCGUGUCUAGACAACUGCGUGCAAAAUUCGAGGCUGGCUUAUUCGAGAAUCCCUUCCCCGGUGUCCCGGAUGAAGAUCAGUCUAAAUACAUCAAUACCCCUGAGAUAGUCGAGCUUGCAAGAGAGCUCGACGCAGAAUCUAUUGUUCUACUAGAAAAUCAUGGCAACGUCCUUCCUCUCAAGAAAGAUGCAAAUAUUGCCGUUAUAGGACCGAUGGCUCACGGUUUCAUGAAUUACGGUGACUAUGUCCCCUAUAAGGCCCAGUAUAGAGGAGUUACACCGCUAGACGGCAUCAAGGCAGCAAGUACGGGGAAAAUCACGUAUGCACAGGGUUGUGAGCGCUGGUCGAAUGACCAAUCUGGCUUUUCAGAAGCCGUGACCGCAGCGGAAGAGGCCGACGUAGCUGUUGUGGUAGUAGGCACAUGGUCGCGCGACCAGGACGAGCUUUGGGGCAGACUAAACGCCACCACCGGCGAACAUGUCGACGUCCAUAAUCUGAAUCUCGUCGGCGCUAUGCCACAUUUAGUCAGAGCUAUAAUUGACACGGGAAAGCCCACUAUCGUUGUCUUUAGUUCAGGAAAGCCCAUCACCGAGCCUUGGAUAUCGGAUGUAGCUUCGGCCUUGUUGCAGCAGUUCUAUCCAUCUGAGCAAGGAGGGCACGCUUUAGCGGACGUGCUCUUCGGCGAUGUAAACCCGUCUGGGAAAUUGUCCGUCUCAUUCCCUUAUGAUAUCGGAACCACGCCAAUCUACUACGACUAUCUGAACUCUGCGCGGGCGUAUCCCGAUCCCGGUUCUGUCUCCGAGGACGGUUCUAUGAAGUUCGGCCACAACUACGCGCUUCAGAGCCCUCUACCGCUCUAUGAGUUUGGCUACGGCAAGUCCUACAGUACUUUCACAUACUCCCACAUGAGGCUCUCACAAUCCACCGUGUCCCCAACAGACAUUAUCACGGUAUCCAUCGACAUCACUAACAACUCGACGCGCGAUGGCGCUGAGGUAGUUCAACUAUAUGUUCAGGACUUAGUGGCUAGUGUAGUGGUGCCUAACAAACAGCUUCGAGGCUUUUCCAAGGUCUUCGCACCGGCUGGUACUACCAAGGCGGUAGAAAUUGACAUUGCCGUUGCCGACCUGGGGCUCUGGGAUAUAAGUAUGAAGUACGUUGUUGAGCCCGGCGAGUUUACUGUUUAUGCUGGUAGCUCGAGCAACGACUUCAGGACCAAGGCUACGUUUACUGUUGUUUAG